AAACUGUUGGCACGAUUAGUUCAACCGCUUCGACGGUUAUGAAUCAGACAGGGGUAACCUCUCCCAUGACCAACAUGACGUUGGCAAGUUCGACCACGUCAGCGUCUGCUUUUGCCCCUUGGAACAACCCUAGUUUAGGGAAUCCCAGUGGAAGUCCCUUUCGACCGCCUCAAAACCCUCUAUAUGGCAUGCCUACAUCUUUGAUGGUAGGGUUGCAAAAUUCUCAACCAAACAUAGAGAAUCUUAAUAUGUCCUCUCCAUCAGGAUCUGUAGCGGGCAAUCAAGGUAGGGUAAUUCCGCAACAUUUAACUAAUACAUCCGUUUUGUCACUCAGACAACAAAUGGAUGAAAGUAACCAUGAUAUGGUUAACAUGUUAACACAACAAAUAGGAACUGUUAUUAACCCUUUAAUUCAAAAUACAAAUGACAGUUACCAAACGUUAACAAAUCAAAUAAGUCGAAUUGCUGACUUUUUUGGGGCACCACUCAUACAGCAACCACCGAUUCGACAGAUCCAAAUACAGGCGCCUGUCCAAGAGAUACAGAUGCCUAACAAUCCAGGGAUGCAAAUGGCUCAAGCACCACAACCAUUGGCUCGCAUAGAGCCACCAGCCCAACAGGUCGAACCAAACCCUGGUAUAGUGUUGGUAAAUAGGAACCAAAAUGCUGAUGAAGUAAUAGGGAACAUUCAACAAAACCGUUUCGAUAGGCAGAAUAACCUUGCCCAAAUGGUCGAAACGAUUUUGGUGCAGAAUGGUUUGAACUUAGGCUUACACAGGCCUAAUUUUGUGUCUCCAUUAUCUGAGUAUGUGUUACAGACAGAAUUACCAAGGGGUGUGAAAAUCCCUAAAUUUACUAAGUUUGCAGGAGAGACAGAUGAGUCCACUGUCGAACACAUUGCUAGAUAUUUGGUCGAGGCAGGGGAUUUGGCUAAUAAUGAAAAUUUAAGAAUAAAAUUUUUCCCUAGUUCCUUGACUAAAAAUGCUUUUACAUGGUUUACAACCCUUCCUCCUCAUUCCAUACAAAAUUGGAACCAAUUGGAAAGGAUUUUCCAUGAGCAAUUUUAUAUGGGACAGUCUAAGAUCAGCCUUAAAGAGUUAGCCAGCGUUCGACGCAAGGCACUUGAAUCAAUUGAUGAUUAUUUGAACAGAUUCAGACUCUUAAAGGCAAGGGACAUGGCUCAAUUGGCUGAUAGAGUUCGACAACUCGAACGGUUGAAGGCCGAAAAGGCUAGAAAUUCUAAAUUCCACAAGAAGGAAAAGGUUGCUUAUAUCGAAACCAAUGACAGUGACCAGGAGUUCGAUAUUAUAUAUGAAGAUAUCGAAGACAGUGAGGUUGAUUUAGCAGAAUUAAAACCUGGACCUCCUUAUGUUUGUAAACUCCUUAGACCUUCCAAUGGAAAAAACCCUGUUGAACCUAAAAAUGAUAAAUUUGUGUCUAAAACUUAUACAUUUGACAUAACUAAAUGUGAUGAAAUAUUUGAUUUAUUAGUCACAGAUGGCCAGAUUGUUGUUCCUAAGGGCUUGAAAGUACCCCCAAUCGAACAACAGAAAAAAAGGGGUUAUUGUAAAUUUCAUAAUUUCCUUGGCCAUAAAACCUCACGUUGUGUUCUUUUCAGGGAUUUGGUUCAAAAGGCUCUUGACGAAGGAAGGCUAAAAUUUGGUGAGAAACCAAAGGUUGUUCAGGCAAAUGCUGAAACAUCCAAAGCUGCCGAAACUCUCUAUGCGGAGCCCCAAGAAAUAAUGAUGGUCGAAACAAUGGAGGUGUCCCAUGUGCAAGUUCAAGAUGUAUCUGAAGAGGAUUACAACGAACAGAUGAAGGUUGUUUAUCCUCAGGCUGAGGAGGAGUUAAUUGAUUUCUUGAACAGAUGCAAACUCGAAAACAAGAUUGUGAUGCUCUGCCCUCGCUGCAGUGCAGUAUGUGAUAAGGAGGCUACUGAGGGCCUCAAGAAAUACCAAGUUGUUAAUAAGGGGGCAAGGCAGAACCAACGUUUCGAUAAAGGCAAAAGAGUUAUGGUGCAGUCAAAUACUAAUCAGAAGUCGGGUCGAAGGAAUACUUUCGCUCCUCCUGGUUCAGUGCCGGUCGAAAAAUGGAUGCACCAGGGACUCAUAAGGUUCAACAAAGGGAUUAUGGAAGUAGGUGGUUCGAGUGGAACGAAGCAAAUUGGCCCACAGGAGGCCAAUAGGUACUCGUAUAGGAACAAUUACAAAGGAAAGAAUCCUAUGACGAGGACCCAAUGGCGUAGGUUCCAGCGUCAGAAGAAAUUGGCCCAGCAGAACCUGCAAAUGGGCCAAUAUAAAGAAGUAUCUAGGAGGCCAGUAAAGGAGAGACUCCUGCCUCCAGUGGAUGAAGACAAGAUGGAGGAUGAAGAUCUACUGGAUUCUGAGCCAGAUUUCGAUGUCAUCUGUGUGGUAUCUAUCUUGCCAUCUGAAUAUGAUGUCCAAUCUGAAGUUACUGAGAUCGAAAGUGAGUUCGAUCAUUUUGAUAUGGCUGACCCAAAGCCAGUAUGUUACUAUGUUAUGAAUAAUGGCUGUGUGGAAGAGCAAUUAGCUUAUUUCGAAAAGCCAGAUUUUCAGAUGAAAAGUCAUCUCAAACCUCUUUUCAUCAGAGCAAAAGUUGAGAAUGUUGGAAUCAACAAAGUGCUCAUUGAUGGAGGAGCGGCUGUCAACUUAAUGCCUCGAUCUAUGCUCUACAAGAUCGGGAAACAUGACACUGAUCUAUCUGCCCACAACAUUGUGCUUUCGAAUUAUGAGGGUAAAAUUGGCUAUUCUUUGGGAGCCAUUCAAGUAGAUGUUGCUGUAGGCAGUAUAGUUCGACCAACUCUUUUCCUGGUGAUACAGUCUAAGGCUAAUUUUAACUUGCUAUUAGGAAGGGAGUGGAUUCAUGGGGUUGGAGCUGUGCCAUCUACCCUUCACCAGAAGCUCAUUAUCUGGAGGGAGGAUGGGAUUGUGGAAAAUAUAGAGGCGGAUCAAAGCUUCUAUAAGUCAGAGGUCGAUAAUGUUACUGCACAAACCUUUGACAAAAAGUUGGCUAACAUAGCACCUUGUGGUGACAAGGAGGCUGUUGUCGAAUCGAGUGACAAUGUUGUCCACUCUGUCAAACUCCAUCCUACCUAUGGGUUUAUAUGGGAGAGGGAGGAAAUUGAUGUUGUUCCCUCUGAAGAUGGAGUCAUUCCACCAACUGGGUGGAAUAUAUAUGAAGAUUAA